AUGAAGUUGUCAUUGUACUACACAGCUAAAAUAGCCUACAGGUUGUUGAGUUCCAAAGCUAAAUGGGGACCUCAAGUUAGUGCAAAGAGUAAAACAAAAAGUUGUAGGAGUGAAUUCAUAGGCAAUAAAAAACCUAAAGUGAAGUUAACUGACCAGCAAAAUCAAAUCUUGGAAGCAAUUUCAAAAGGGAAUUCUAUUUUCAUUACUGGUUCAGCAGGGACUGGAAAGACCUAUUUACUUCAGCAUAUCAUUAGUGAACUUAGGAAGAUUCAUGGGAAAUCUCGGGUUUUCGUUAUAGCUUCAACUGGGGUUGCUGCUUGUUCCCUGAAUGGACAGACCCUUCAUUCAUUUGCUGGUAUUGGACUUGGUGAUGCUAGUAAUGUGGAUUUGCUCUCUAAGGUUACAUUGGAUAAGAGAGCGUAUCGUAGAUGGAAUAAAGCUAGGGCCUUGGUUAUCGAUGAAAUUAGCAUGAUUAGCGGUGAGGUUUUUGAUAAUCUUGAGUUCAUUGCAAGGAGUAUUAGAAGUGAAGAAUUAGGCUGUGAGGAGAAGAUUUGGGGUGGGAUACAGUUAGUUGUGAGUGGAGACUUUUUUCAGCUUCCACCGGUUAUUAGUAACAAGGGACAACAGAAGGAAUUUGCUUUUGAAGCAGAUUGUUGGAAUGCGAGUUUUGAUAUGCAAAUUGAAGUUAAAACUAUCUUUAAGCAAUCAGAUGCACAGCUUAUAAAACUGCUGCAGGAGAUUAGGAAAGGGAAGUAUGAUUCCGAGGAUUUGAAGUUAUUAGACCAAUGCUGCUCUAAGGUGGAGCCAGAUUCUUCAGCUGUUCAGCUUUACCCAAGGAUUGAGGAUGUGAAUAGAGUGAAUGCUCAACGACUUGACCAUUUAGAUGAGAAGCAGCUCAAGAAUGGAAUUGCACCUGAGUUGCUCAAAUUAUGUGUAGGAUCUAGGGUGCUUUUGACAAAGAACAUUGAUGUUAUUGGUGGACUUGUGAAUGGUGCUACUGGUACAGUCUUUGACUUUGCUGUUGUUCAAGAAACUCAUAAAUUAUAUGACCGUGAGAUUUCUGAUAUUUGCGGAAAUGGUAACUUGCUACCUGUCGUUAGAUUUGAUUCUGGGCAAGAAGUGAUGAUCGGUCUAGAAAGAUGGUAUGUAAUGGAGGGAGAUGAAGCUGUUGCGAUGCGAAAUCAAAUUCCCCUCAUAUUGGCUUGGGCUCUAAGCAUUCAUAAAUGUCAAGGGAUGACUCUAAACAACCUCCAUACAGACCUCUACCGGGGUUUUUGGCUUUGGGAUGGUAUAUGUUGCUCUUUCGCGUGUUAA